GAACAGCAAAAUUCAAUCAUGCAUCAAAACUUCUUCAUAUUACUACCUUUUUGUAUAUUUUGCAUAAGCGCUCAACGUCUUGCACUUGAGAGAAGAGCAUGUAUUACAGAACAGAUAUUAUUUAUUCCUGACGAAACUGAUUAUUAUGAAGAGGAAGUUGAACUAUCGCUUUCUUCUGGAACUAGUAUGAAUCCGGAUUCCGUGACACGAAUUCUGCAAGAACAGUGCGAGUUUGAAGAAGGAUUUUCCUGGGUCAGAAGAAGGAAGCGACUAUCGAUUGUGAAGCGAGCACACGAUCUAUACAAGAAGCUUAAAAAAUUAUAUAAAAUUAUCGAAAAAAUUGAGAAAAUUGAUGAAAUUGUAGAGUUUAUUAAAUCCCUGUGGAAUAGGGCUGAUCAAGUCAUAGAUUAUUUCAAAUCUGAAAAAAUGGAGUGGUUGAUAGAUGAAACUUUCCGAACAAGCAUCCAACUACUGAUGUCCGGCGAAAAAAUUCCCGAAAUGAUUCUGAAUCAUCCAAAAGUUUUAUUUACAUUAAAACAAAGAUUUCCGUUUGAAAAUCAAGAACUUUUUUCAAUUAUCUCUGCAACAGAUGUUAUGUGUUAUCAACGUGAACAACGAUCACAUGUAAUUAUGUUCGUCAAGCUUAGAAUUCCUAAAGUUAAGAAGUUGAUUGUGGAAAAAUGUGAUGAUAUUGGAAUCAUGGUCGGAAAUAGUUAUCAGUACUACAACUUACCAGACGCAACAUUCAAGAAAAAUGGUUAUGUUUAUCAAAUAUUAUUAAAUGAAUGUUUUUUCGAGAGCAUCAACUUUUGUAAAUUUGUAACCACUAGAAGAACAAAUUGCUCGAAGGAAAAUGUAAAGCAGUGCCAAUUGAUCAAAAAUGAUCAACAAAGAAAUUUUUCCAGAGAGUUGAAAAAUGGAUUUGCCGUUUAUGGAGCUUUCACGCAAAUCAUUGCAAGGAUAAACGAUCUUGAAUCUUCGUGGAAUACAAGCGCGCACGUUCUGUAUCACAUUAUUCCACGAAGCGGAGAAAUAUUCUCAUUUGGAAAUCUUGAAUUAAGUCAAGAGACCGGAUCAAAGGAAACAAUUAUACGCGACUGUUCACCAUAAUUUUUAAACUUUAAAAGUCUCAUAUCUUAUUCAAUUUUUAAUCAAUUACAUACUUUGUAAAUAAUUGUAUUAUUUUUAUUUUCAGAACAAGUGAAUGAAAAUGAAUUAUUUAAAGUGUUCA